GGUGACUAGUGUAGCCUCUAACACAGCCACCCCGUCACCAAUAUCAACUCAGGUGACGAGUGUAGCCUCUAACACAGCCACCCCGUCACCGAUAUCAACUCAGGUAACUAGUGUAGCCUCUAACACAGCCACCCCGUCACCAAUAUCAACUCAGGUGACUAGUGUAGCCUCUAACACAGCCACCCCGUCACCGAUAUCAACUCAGGUGACUAGUGUAGCCUCUAACACAGCCACCCCGUCACCGAUAUCAACUCAGGUGACUAGUGUAGCCUCUAACACAGCCACAAUCACGACAGCCAGCGUCACACCUGGGACCAGCAGUGUUACUGCCGUGGGUACUCCUGGAACAGGGGACUCUGGGUCCUCAGGAACCCUCACUCAGACCACACCGGACACUACAGAAGAAGUCACACAGCUUUCAACUACAACGUCGGUGGGCCCAACCCCAUGGUCAGCAUCGUCCUUUCCUUCCCAUCACCCCUCCACAUCCAGCCAUGUGGGUCCAGGCAGCAGUCUUGCUACCACCACGACCAGCACACAGGGAAGGAUGGUGUCUACAACCACGGCUGAGACUACAACUCCUCCCAAGACCUUUACGUUUGUCAAGUCCCAAAAUGGAGAGAAUUACGAGAGGAAGGACCUGGAGGAGCUGUGUCGACAGCUGAUGUCUCAGAUGCACGAUGCUAACUGUACUCUGACUGUGAGAGAGAACAACGGACACACUACCUUUGACAGCGUGGUAAUGACCGGUAAAGUGGACAACUCUGUCAUCCAGCAAUACUACGAGGAAAUCACCAGAAAACCAAGCGACAACAUGACCCUGAUUGCCACCUUGGCAUCCUGCGGAGCUCUGCUGGCCAUGAUUGUAGGCUUCGCCAUCUACGCCUCAUACCACUGCAAGUCCUAUCGGAAGAACCUCCAACAACACCUGACGGAGGAGCUGCAGACAGUGGAGGACGGUUACCAUGACAACCCCACGUUGGAGGUGAUGGAGGUGCAGCCGGAGAUGCAGGAGAAGAAGGUGGCCCUGUACGGAGAGUUCAACGACAGCUGGAUUGUCCCCAUCGACAGCCUGCUCAAAGAGGACAUGCCAGACGAGGAGGACACUCACUUGUAGAGGAGUAGUGGAACAGACAGGGGUGCUACUAUAAUCCCUCGACCAACUGACUAUCCCUUCCCUGCACCGUUACAAGGGCCCUGUUUAGUAGAGUUCUAGCGCCAAACGUUGCAGGUAGAAAUGUAUUCUAUAUAGAAUAUAUACAACUUUAAAUAAUGGUAUUUGAGAAUUGCACAAUUGUGACAGUUCUAUGCAAUGCAUUUCUAGCCGCAACACUUUUAAUGUUCCUCCCCACUGAACCAGACCGAAGGCAACGACAGACACCAACUGACAAAUCUGGAGAAAAUAAAACACCCAGAUGACAGGUUCUGGAAAUCCAUCCGGCAUAAACGGGUGUCCAAGUCCCAUCGCUGUGGCCAUGGAAAAGUAACAGGCCAUUUAGUGGAUACUACACCAAGCAACAUUGUGUCUAGUUUUAGGAGAUAUUCAAUAUUUGGGAAAUGUAACUCUCAAACAUACACAAUCCCAUUUUAAGAGCCAUUGAGUGUUUAAGGUACUUGAUGUACCGCUACACAGUUAUUGAUUUAAUUGGAAAACCAAACACUCAAACCACCAAUAUUUCAGGGUGGAGUUUAUGAAGCGGUCUAAAUUAAAAUCUGCAUGUUUUUUUAUGCUGUAAUCAACGUAAUCCCCAAAAGUGCAUUGAAUUGUACACUUGAGCACCUGUACAUAGUAUUUUCUUAUAUUUCCAGAGAAAAUGGAAGCUGAAAUUUUGUAAACUGUAACACUGCCUUUAUGGUUAAAUCUCAAUAGUAUUGAUUUAGAGAAAAUGACCUCAGGAUAAAGUGAAAUAAUCAUCCUGGUGAGUGAAUCUCAGCUCUGACGACCUGGCAUUGAUGCUGUAUAGAAGCCAUAUACUGGUUCAACUGAGCACAGUGAACCACACUAACGAAACAACGGGCUCCAUGGAGACGCUGCUGGGACGGGAGCGUCUACAGAUAUGAAGGGGAAAAAACACUGUAAAUAGUUGUUUGAAAAUUCUAAAAGAACUUGACCAAGGACCAGUUUCCUGGACAUAGAUAAAGCCGACCCUUGGACUUAAGAGCCCUUUCAACUAUGCUUUUUAGUCUAGGACUGGGGUUGCUCUGUAUCAGGGAAGCUGGCCCCUAAAGAUACAUAUUUUCUUGUUUGCUGAUGUUGAAGGUUACAUAGGCCUCUGCACAUUUUAUUUGUCACAUUUCUAUUCAGUUGAUUUGACGAAAAAGGGAAUUUAAAUAUCCAUGUGAUUAUCUGGCAAAAUGUAUUCCAAUUCAUGUAUAAUUCACAAGGACACAAUAAUUCCCAAUUAUAUUUAAACUGUAAAAUCAACCAACACCAAACAAUCCACCACUUAUUCCACACAUUCCUGUGUCGUUUGUCAUUAGUUCUGUACAGUCGCUCACUCGUAUUUUAUUUCUUUUACACAAAAAUAUUUAGCAGUUAUUGUAUGUAUUUAUGGUUUGUUUGCUGAUGAAGCCAAACAACAGGGGGUCUGACACACUGGAAGCUGCACCUCAUCUAUCAUGACCAGGGCAGCCAUGUUCUUAUACCAAUAAAGAUUUGCCAAUAAAAACA